AUGGCCGACGUCAUGAGCGAGCACCCAGACCUGUCGGAGUUGGCUGGCUCUCCAUCUCCUGGUCAGAAGCGAAAGCGCGACGACGACUUGUCUGAUUCGAUGAGCCCUAGUCGAAAGCGCGCUAGUGCCGAAGGACUCUCAGAUGUUGACACCGCCCAAUUCAUUGAGAAUGCUGUCGAGGCUGCCCAUGCUGCCGCUCAGAACGGUGUCUCCGCCGCCGACUUCAGCGCCCUGCAACAAGCUGCUGCUGCUGAGCAUUCCGAGGCAGCCGACCCGGCCAAUGCUUCCAGCACCGCUGCUGCCGCCCUCGGAUCCAUGUAUCCCACCCUUCAUGUUCCUCCCACCACUGAGGAGCAGUUUGCUGCACAGACGAGUAAUGAUCCUACCCAUGGUCAGGACCAUGGCUUCGGUCAUGCUGACCUGCCGGACGGGCUCCCAGGUCUGCCUCCUGUACCUCAGCCCACCAAUGGUCUCCAGGCUGUGCAACCUCAGCAAUCCCACCAGCCUCACCAGCAGCAUCAACCUCCCCCACCUCAGCACCGUUAUUCGUCUGGAUCAGCCGGCACUCCCGCUAAGAAACCGGACGUUGGCUCAGAGGAAUGGCAUAAGAUGCGUAAAGACAAUCAUAAAGAGGUCGAGCGUCGUCGUCGUGAAACGAUCAACGAAGGCAUCAAUGAGUUGGCCAAGAUUGUGCCUAAUUGCGAGAAGAACAAAGGCUCCAUCCUUCAGCGUGCCGUCACCUUCAUCAACCAACUCAAGGAGAAUGAGACGCAGAACAUAGAGAAAUGGACUCUUGAGAAGCUGCUUACGGAGCAAGCUAUAGCAGAGCUCAGUGCCUCCAAUGACAAGCUGAAGCAAGAGUGCGAACGUCUCUACAAGGAACUAGAGACUUGGAAACGAGUUGCUCAGAACGCGGGUCUUUCAUACCCCCAGGCGAACAAGGAGGAACCGGCAAGCACGACCUAG